AUGGAACCGAAAGUUAAUGAAUUUGAUAUGUAUUCACAAGACAGUGUGUUUGCAGAACAAGGAGUUGAACAUACUUGUAAACUAAAGAGAAAGGAAAUUGAUUGGAAAAUAGAAUUUGACAAGCUUCCUCAAAAAUCAUCGAAAUACUUUGAAUCUGUCCAGAACAAUCAUGUUGUCACCACACCUAAUAUUGAUUCAUGUGAAUGAGGGGGACAAUACUGUGACAGAUAUUUUCUACAGUUCCCCACAAUAACAAUGCAUAAAUUACUCUAGCUUCCAAGUUUGAUAGAGCUAAGCUCAGGUGCAAUGAAAUUAAUUUCAUCAAGCCUCACGGAAUUUCUCCAAAAUAAAUGAAAAUGAAUAUCCUGAAAUGAUCAAAUAUUUAACUGAAAUUCAUGAUGCACUAAAUCUCAAUGAUCUGAAUUUAUAUCAACCCUUCCAUACAUAAUCGCAUGUAUAGGAAUAGUACUUGGUAUAGGUUUUAUAUUUAUUUUCAACUUCAAACUCCAUCUCCGUAUGCUUACUGCCUUAUGAAUAACCCUCACAUUCCUCAUAAUCGCAAUCAUAACCCAUAAACUACUCCAAGCUACUUUACCAGCCUCCUCCAUCUCCUCAAAAUCAUGGGACAACCACUCACAAAUCCCUAAGCCAAAGUUCAAGAAAAUUGUUAAUAAGGUUCUGCACUGAAGUCGGAUUAACCUAACCGUGAGUUCUCAACAAAGGCAGGUUCUUACCCAACAAGAGAUUGCUGAAAGCCACGAACAAAGUUGAAAGUCCGAGCCUCAGUUCUUAGAAAACGAAGAUGAAGGUUUUCACGAAGAAUCAAACACUCCUCUCCAAGAAGAGAACAUAUAUGGGGAUGAUAUCGAACAAGGUUUCCAGACUAAUACUAAGGAAGCAAUCAACCCAGCCAAAUCUCUAGAGGAGGAUAAAGAAGCAGUGAUUAUUGAAGAUCCUAAAAAUACUCAAGCUUUUAAGACAGAAGCUUCUGGAAAAUUACCUAUAAGUGAGGGUAAAACACCAAAUAGAAAAUCAUCAAGCCUGAAAAGAAGGAGUCCAGUUAAUUUCUCGAAGUAUAACUCACCAGUAGAGAUAAAGACACCAUAUGACUUAAAGCUUAGUCAUUGGGAUGACCAAGACCAUGAGAAAUAUUGGUGGAAUAGGAGACUUUACAAGCUCCAGAAGUUAUUAGUCAAAUCUACCCUUGAAGAUGCUCAAAAAUCUUGGAUUAAGAGUAACUUCCAAGACUCACUCAUGAGUUACAAAUCAAUGGGAAUGCAAGACCAAAAAGAGACGGCUAUGAACAUCCUGAGCAGAAACGAUAAAGCCAAGCCCAUCAAAAAUACUGAAGGAUUAAACCAAGAAAUACUGAAUAGCUCAAAAAUAGUCACCCGUAUGACAAAAGUUCCUCCUAUUAAAAAGAAAAUUGAUAGGACGAAGACUCAACUGAUGCCAGCAACUAAGAUCAAAUCUAUCCCUAAGUUGUUACUAAAAGCUCUUAAGAAUGGGAAUAUUAACCCUCGAAGACAGAGAAGUAAGCCUCAAUUACAAAAGAGAGCGACAAUUAGGGAUACUCCUGUGAUGAUCAAAAUAGAUACCUUUGUUGAAGAUAAUCAAAGUCAAUUUUCAAGUAGAAGGAAGAACCUUCAAAAGCAAGCUGAAAAAGAAAAAGAUAAAAAUAAUAUUAGAAGCAUUCUAAAGCAAAUUGGUCAAGAUGAAUCUGGGUCCAAUAAUAUUAAAGAAAUGGAUUUAGACACUCCAUUCGAGUCAAUGGAAGAUUCUCUAAGCAGAGCUGAUUCUAAGGUACAGAGUGCCAGUCACAAAGAAAACACCUCUACCAUAAAUAUUGCGAAUAGUGAAGAGCAGAAGUUUCAGAGUAAACCAGAUGUACUCAAAUACUCUAAUUCUAACUUUACAGGAUGCGAGAGUGAUAGCAUAGCUAGUGGAAUUAAGAACUUCAGGGACCAUAUCCCUUUCAAAAACAAGCUAAAAUUUCUUAAAAAGACAUCUACUAAUCAGCAUAGUAGCUCUAAAGGCUUGAAUGAGGCUGUUGACCAAAAGGACCAAAUUGAAUCCACCUAGAUAAUUUCAUAAAUUCGAAAUUCAAUAU